GCUCUUUCAUCCCCUGUCCCCCUAUUGUCCAGAAAACAACGGCAGCCUCAUCCGUUCUUGCUCCCUCAAAAACCCGGACCAAAAAGAAAAACAGGACCCUCUCCGAAGUUUCAAGUGUCCGGACAGUCACCCCAAUGCGAAGCAUUUCCCAUUGCCUGUUUUAUUGGGUUGUUUUGGGUUGAUUGUUCCGGCUCUUAAAAAAAAAGUGGGAAAUAAAAAUUGAAAAGAGGCAAACUAGCGGUAGAAGUUUUUUUUAUAAGACAGCCCCGCUGCCAACUCACAACAGAGGCGGUCCUAUCGGUUUUAUGAGGCCGGUCGGCUAAUUCGAUUGCAACGGGGGCAAUAAAAACCCUCCAAUGAAUUGGUGAGACCAUAGAGCAAGACAGGCAGGACCGGUGACGUGUUCGUGCGAUAUUUUUUUUUUGCUCUUGAGUGAGGCUUUGGUGUCGUCUACAGCAAGCGACUACCAGAAGGAAGCUGGGCCUGGUUGGGAGGAGAUAUACGACAGAGACCAGACAGUUUUACAAGCCCUGGGUUUUUGAUCAGCUUUGACGUUGGAGAGCAGCGCUGGAACUUGGAAGUCUCCGGAAAGGCUGCUGAUAGAACGGUACUGCUGAACCUGGGAGGCCUUUUACAAAUUUUUGGACAGCGUGGAUGUUUUGCAUUGAGUGCGAGAUUCGGUGUCGUGCAUGGUCAUCACUGCGUCAUCUCAUCGCACAAGUUUCUCUGAUUAGUAAGUUGACACCCUAGCGGGAAUUGAAACAAGCAGGAACGUCAGUGAGCGCGGCAGGCGUGACAAAGUGACGUCCCCGGUCAAAUACAGCAACUUCACCGCCCAGCAAGUUGAGGAAUCACGGUCGUUUCCGACUCGACACGGAAAAGGGUAUCACCGCGGAUUACCGUCUGCAUUUCAUCACCGAGUUCUCCACUGCGAUAAAAGGAGCGCACAAGGAGUGCACCUACAUGUACAUCCUCAAGCAACAGACGAGUUCGUGGAAUUAUUAAUUUUGCCCGGGAAAAUCAGAACAGGAAGUGCCUAAAACAAGGAGCAGAUUUUUUCUUUCUUUGCUCUGACAGCAAAGAGCCCAACGGCCGGCCAAGGGUCACACAUCCCAUGAAAAAAAAAGUUCUCGUCAAUUCUUGCCAAGUUUUUUUUCUGUUGAUUCCGAUAUCUACUCGAGGAGGAACCAGAGUUGCAAUAACUUCAACCUCUGAUCCCUGUAAGGAUGAUAAGAAACUGAAUCUCGAAAACACUUCAAGAGGGGGGAACAAAUACAAGUUAUCUUGAAUCUAGGAGAGGUUGGUUAGCUGUCGCGUGGCAGUCCUUCUUGGCUCGUGACGCACUUCAACACGUGCACCCAGCCAGUGAUAGUUUUACGGGCAACAAACACCAGGAUUGCGAUCUGUGUUUCUGUUGCUGUUUUGACGGAGCGGCAGUUUUCAUUUGAUGUGAAGUUACACAACAGGAAGGAUAAGGUCCUGAAGCGUUCACCACUGUGGAAAAAUAAACUUCAAAGUCGGCAAGGAUGGAGCUUGUUUCGCAUCCGAAUCUUUUUUCAUUUUUGGUUUUACUGCAGGCGUGCAUCCUGUGCGGGAACGCGUACAGAUGGUUAGCCAUCUUCAAUAUCCAGGCCACUGGGAUCACGACAAUCAACUCGCAGGAAAGCUGUGAAGAUCUGCCUGGCCUCAUCAACAGACAAGUACAAAUAUGCAAGCGGAACCUGGAGGUUAUGGAUAGUGUUAGUACUGGAGCGUACCGAGCUAUCGUAGAGUGCCAGGAGCAGUUCGGUAACCGGCGCUGGAACUGCACCACCGUCGACUCAUUUCCUAUCUUCGGGCAUGUUCUUGACAACGGAACGAGAGAGGCUGCAUUCGUCCAUUCCAUCUCGGCCGCCGGGGUGGGCUACGAGGUCACGAGGUCAUGCAGCAGUGGUUACCUACAAAAAUGCGGCUGCGACCGGACGGUGACGGGUACCAGCGACGAAGGCUUCACGUGGUCGGGCUGCUCCGACAAUGUCGAUUAUGGGAUGAUGUUUUCAAAGACUUUCGUGGAUGCCAGGGAGCGCAAAGGUCGCAUGUCAACCGAAAGACAGCUGAUGAAUUUACACAACAAUGAAGCUGGUCGAUUGGCCAUCGAGAAGAACAUGAGGGUGGAGUGCAAGUGCCACGGUGUGUCCGGGUCGUGCGAGAUGAAGACGUGUUGGCGAGCCAUGCCGCCCUUCAAAGAGAUCGGGACCGUACUCAAGGAGAAGUUUGACGGGGCCACGGAGGUGGUGCAACGGCGGAUCGGAUCCAGAAGACAGCUGGUACCAGUUAAUGAGAACUUCAAGCCGCACACGGAGUCCGACCUCGUCUACCUGGUCCCCUCGCCCGACUUCUGCGAGGAAGACCUGAAGAUGGGGUCGCUGGGAACCCACGGCCGGCGCUGCAACAAGACCUCCAAGGGCAUCGACGGCUGCGAGCUCCUCUGCUGUGGGCGGGGCUUCAACACCCGGGAGGAGGUGAUCGUGGAGAGGUGCAGCUGCAAGUUCCACUGGUGUUGUUACGUCAAGUGCAACACGUGCCGGCGGACGGUGGACGUGCACACCUGCAAGUGAUAAAGAAUGGACGAUAGAGGGCGAUAUGUAAAGUAAUCAGCCUGUGGGCGUUCCCCAAACCUCAGCUUCGUUACAGCUUUGGCUUCGGCUUCAUUUUUUUGUACGCACGUAACUUUGGCAACUAUGGUGGAGUAUCGAUCUAUAUUGUAGACGCCUCAAAAGGACAAAGUAAGAGUGUUUCCAUUUUACGUUGCAAAUGUACCAAGUGGUUUCCUAUGAUUCUGGAGCCAGUCCGAAGCUGGAGCCACAACAAGGCCAAGGUUUGGAAAACGUCAACUUAAAGAUGGCUUCCAUAAAAAAACCUGAUUAGCCAUAAUUCAGACUUUUGCAACCACGCAGCCAUCCUUUAUCCAGCCAAGAGCUGAUUUAUUCCCUUCUUCGAUGGAGGGCGCAAGCUUAAAUGCACAGCAGAGGCUCCUGAAAUCCUAUUUGAUAACUCAUACUAUGCAGUGUACAUAAUAUUUACCCUUUUCUGUAACUGACAGAUCACUUGAUUAAAAAGCACCAUGGAAGAGGAAGUUAGAUUUUCGUGUUUGUACAAAAUGUAAAUAUUACAUACUGUUGAUAUUUUAUACAAUGUAACCACCAAACGUAAAGCUAUUUCGACUCACUUUUCAUGCAUGCUCGUUCGAGCGAUGUUUUUUGUAUGUAUUUUAACGAAUCUAACCAUUGCAAACUAAUCGUGUAGGGGCUUCCGUUUUACACAGACUAGUUUUGUAACAUUGUUAAACUGAAGUCAUGGGCGUCUCGAGGGGGACGCUCCCCCCUGGAAAAGCCAAAAACAAAAACAAAAGAAAAGGAGAAACAAAAGAAGAAGGAAAAAAGGACGAGUUGCGAAGUCAUAUUGCUGUUAAUUUAGUGCAUAUUCAACAACAUGGACGUCCCAAGGGGUGUCAAUAGGGUUGGGGUGGGCAAAUGUCCCCCCGGCCACCCUCGUAAAAAAUGAUUAAUUGAGAAUAUGCUAGAGAAAGUACAAGGAAUUUGGGAAAUCAUGUACUUUGUCCCCCUCUAGAAAAACUCAUGUCGACGCCCAAGACUGAAGUUAAUUUUGAUAACGAUUCGACUGAAAACACCUAAUAAGACAAUGUAGCCAAAAUGGCAAAAUAAAUUACUAUGCAACGUUCUGAGCUGUUGAUGAGGGCGCCCUAACUGCCCAUCACAAACGUCUUCUAACUCUUUAAUAAGUGAAUCGUUCACGAUUUACACAACACGUGUACAAAACACGUGUACAACGGCUGUACAAAAUGUAACAUAAAGACAAAAUGUAACAUAAAACUGUGGUUUUGUUUUGUACUUUGUGAGCUUGAAUUGGGGUAACUUUCUAACAGUAUACGCAAUAAACGAAUCCCAGUAUUUUACCUAAGCUUUUAAUAAACAUGAGAGUGGUGAUGUUUCAUUGAAUGUUAUAGUAGUAAACCAAAAACUGAAACAAAAAGGAAAAGACGUGUCCUUUCUGGCAAAGAGAGUAUUUUC